AUGACCACUCUCAUCCCCCGUGAGCCAUACUCUCAGGAUGAGCUCGCUCGUCUCUAUCCUGAGAGCUUGAAGCUCCAGCUGGUCCAAGUUUUCCUUCGUCAUGGCGAACGCACGCCUGUUUCCUCACGAUUCUCAAAUACAGGCCUGAGUCCAUACUGGCCAUACUGUGGUGUCGCAAGACGCAUGGUGCAGAUGGCAUCUAGCAGUAAAGACCUCUCAGCAUGGAACGGAUUCCAAUGGCGCCGGAAAAUGGAAGCAUUCGGCAGCAAUGACGAGUCGGUAGUAGCACCAGGACCGGGCGGUGAAAUCGAGGCCAUGUGCCUGCACGGCGAGCUCACAGACAAGGGUCGCGAGACCACAUAUGCGCUCGGACAACGACUGCGCCAUCUUUACGUGGAUCAGCUCGGGUUCAUGCCUAAGAUCAAGUCCGAUGCCGAGGACAUGUACCUGCGCGCUACGCCGAUCCCCCGCGCGCUGGAGUCGCUCCAGGAGGCUUUCUGGGGAAUGUACCCUGCCAGCGCGCGCACGCUUGACUUCUCGCCACCGGUUAUUGUCGCUCGACAGGUUUCUGAGGAGACUCUUUUCCCCAAUGAAGGGAAUUGUAAACGGUUCCGACAGCUGGCUCGGCUGUUUGCCGAUCGCGCCGCGGAACGAUGGAAUGACUCUGAACAAAUGGCAUAUCUGAACGGCAUUUGGUCUAAGUACAUGCCCGAGGCUUCGCCUAGGGUUGCUGUUGAUGCUCACCCUCGUCUUUCUGGCAUUAUGGACACCAUCAAUGCUACUGACGCCCAUGGACCAAGCACUAAGCUUCCAUCUGAGUUCUAUGACAAGAAGGGUCGUGCUGUUUUAGACCGCAUCUCGGUCGAAGAGUGGUUUGCUGGUUACGCUGAGAGCGCCGAGUACCGCAAGUUGGGUAUUGGUGCUCUCAUGGGUGAUGUCGUUGACCGCAUGGUCAGUACUGCUGUUGAGGGCGGAUGGCGCAGUGAGAGUGCUGCCUCUGGCUCUGCUAACCCCGAGACUGGCAAGGCUAUCAAGUUCGCCAUGAGCGGAUGCCACGACACCACCCUCGCAGCCAUUUUGUCUAGUGUCGGCGGAUUCCAGGACGAGUCCUGGCCUCCUUUCACUUCGUCUAUUGCAGUUGAGCUUUUCUCGCAAGCUCCUCCCUCCGACGCCAACGCCGGAACUAUGCUUGAGGAGUUCUCCAACCCAUCUGUCUCCAAGAAGCGUGGUGUCCUCUCCUCGCUGCUCGGAAAGUCCGCACCGAAGCAACCCACCCCAUCCGACACAGCACGCGUACCUAUCUCGUCCCUUCCCGAUGCCUCUCGGGAAUCCCUUCGGAAGCACUAUGUUCGUCUCCGCUACAAUGACCGCCCUGUCACUAUCCCCGGCUGCGCCGCCAAGCCCGAGAACCACCUACCUGGCGAUGAGACGUUCUGUACCCUGGAUGCUUUCAAGUCGAUUGUUGACAAGUUCACCCCGAAGAACUGGCAAAGCGAGUGCACAGAGAACCUCGGCGCAGGCCUACAUGGCCCUGGUGAUCGUGAGCGAUCCCCCGCUGGCUUCUAG